AUGGAGAUAAUAGAGGGUCAGGAUGGCCGGGAUCCAGUUCAGAUUUUGGAGAAGGCUAGUUGGAAUGAAGUCAAUAUACCUUUCCAAAAGAUUGACUUCGAAAAAAAUUCAUUGAUCGGACAUGGUCGAUUCGGAAAUGUUCUGCGAGGCUAUCACUUCGGUGACGUUGCAGUGAAAUUUUUGAAUAUGAAUCAUAUUGAGGAGUCCAAGCGAUUGGAUGAGUUCAAAUCCGAAGUGACAGCACAUAAGAAUACCAGACAUGACAAUAUAGUUCUUUUUCUUGGCUACUGUAUUGAAUCAGAUAAAUUCGGGAUUGUAAUGAGCCUAUGCAAAGGACGUCCUCUUCACUCGAUCCUUCAUGAGACGAAUGAUCCCAUCGAUUUAGGAACAGCUCUAGUUAUUGCAACUCAAAUAUGCCAGGGAGUUUCAUAUCUUCACACGAAGAAAAUACUCCACAAGGAUCUCCGUUCCAAGAAUAUUUUCAUCGAAAGCAAAAACAAAGUGGUGAUCACCGAUUUUGGGUUGUUCAGCAUGAAACGCUUGAGGCAUCCGAGCAGAAACUACACAAUGAUUGUUCCGGCGCAUUGGUUGUCGUACUUGGCCCCAGAGCUUAUAAGAGCUUUAAGUGAAGACUGGCGAGAGUUACCAUUUUCCGAAAGUACCGAUGUGUUUGCCUUCAGUACUAUAUGGUUUGAGCUGCUGACGUCGUCAUUUCCAUUUGACGGUGAAUUCUCCGCACGUAUCAUUUGGAUGGUAGGCAAUGGUAUUAAAGCGCCACUAUACAAUCUAAAUACUGUCACAGAGGUGAAGGACUUAUUGCUGCGUUGUUGGAGCUUUUCAAGUUCGAAUCGUCCUUCCUUCGGUGAUAUACUGACUACACUCAAUACGUUACCGCGAAAAAGACUCGACAGAAGUCCACCAUUUCCAGCGAUUCGUAGCUACGAGUCGAUUUUUUAA